UUCCGACAGGGUUAGUAGUGUUAUAUUGACAAUAGACUACACUGAUAAAAAUAACGCACGGGGUUUUCCGCGAUAUCGUCAUCUGCGGAACAUUUGAUUGGUUCCUGUCAUAUUCAUACGCCGUCGUAACUCGGCUGUUUCAAAUAGUUCUGGUUUUAGUUUCGUAUUCCGUUUUAUGAGAAGCAUAGAAUGGCAAGUUUGUAAUGUCAAAAUAACGUUAAACGUACUUAAAAUGUGUAUUCCUUAUUUUUAACGGAAAGAGUUUAUCCAGGGAGAAAAAAUACUUUGUUGCAUUUCAAAAUUGCUAUUUAUACGAAACUAAAUAUCAGCAUCACUAUCAUUCAUGGAUGAAAAUGGAAGAAGAACACGAUGGUACUGAAAGAAGAUCUUCCCGUCUUGGUCCAAGAAAGAAAAUAAUUGUAGAGGAAAAUGAAGAAAAUGAAAUGGAUAAAGAUUCCUCAACACCAAAUUCAACAUACAAACAAUAUCUUUUCUCAUUGGAGACCAAGUAUGGAAAAAAACAUGUAGAAGAAUUUAAAGAAAAUGAAAACUUGAGACAAAGAAUAAGGAGAAUGAAUUAUAGUGAAGAAAUGAAAAAUAAAAAAAGAGAACAAGCAAAAAUCAGACAACGUCGAUUUCAAGAAAGAAAACGUCAAGAGAAACUCACAGCACCAGUCAAGCGUCUCACUAGGAAACAACAGAUUGAGGUUGAACAGAAAAUGGAAGAUAAGAGGAGGUAUUGGAGAGAUAGAAAAAAACAAUCUAGGAGCAGAAUGUCUGACAAAGAAAGAAAGAAACAGAUGUUAUUAAAUAGCACUGACAAGACUGAAAAUAAAGGAGGGCUUGAUACUUCACAAACAACAGAUGAUAGGACAGAAAAUGAAGAAAGUCAAGAUACUUCACAAACAAAUGAUGAGGGCAAUACAAGCGAUGAAGAUUCAGACAAAACUCAAUCACAUCAGAAUGCUGAUGAAAACACAAGUGAUGACUGUUCUGAUAUAAAAGACAAUGAGGAGUUAUCUGCUUAUAAUUUAAACAACUUACAGACAUUUAAAACUAAACAGGCGAGACGACAGGCUGUCAGAAGAGUAAUCAAAAGUUUACCUAAAGAUUCAGAAAAAUGGACUGAAGUUAUGAAAUAUGUAAUAUCUAGAGCCUCACCAAAGAGGAAGAGUCUAUUAUGCAAAAAUGGCAUUAUAAGUAGCCCUAAAACAGCUAGUUUUAGGAUUGAAUGCGAAAAAACAGUUGAAAGAAUGGCUAGCAUUGAAAAUCAGUUAAGAAUGAAACGUGACAAAGAUUCAUUGACAAAAAGAAGUCUUAUCGCUCAGAUAGUGAAGGCUGCAGAUGAGUCCAGUCUUGAAAAUGGAGAAAAUAGGAGUGCAUCAGUUAAAUUAAUGGCUGAGGUAGUUAAUGAGACUGAUGAGUGCAUUUCUGGAGAUGAGGAAAAUAUGAGUCCUACAAUUCCUUCAUGUGAUCAGGUUGGUUAUCGUCAUGAUCGUAGCAAAACAUUGGCAAACUUAACAGGCAAAUCAAGUGGAAAUAACUUUAAGUCUGAAAUAGAAUACAAGGAUUUUUUAAAUCUCAAUUCUUUUUCUGGUGAUGGUGAUGAUGAUGUUGGAUUGGAUUCAACUUUAGAUCUGUCUAAUUGUUCUAUAUAUGUGAGAAUGAUAAAUGAUGGAACUGAAAAAGAAUUGCAAGAACUUAUCUUACAUGAUCACACAUUAGAUGCAACUACUGGUGAUUUAGAGCUUUGUAUCAAUGCGGUAGGUGGAAUAGAAAAAACUGAAGAAGAAACAGAAAAAGAUGAAAAUAAAGAAAUAGAGAAAACUGAAAAAGAAACACUAAAAGAUGAAAAUGAAGAACAUGCAAUGAAAGGGAACAGCAAAGUGUUUGAAAUAGAAAAAGAUGAGUAUGAAAAAGCUACAAUUGAAACAGACAUUAAAGUCCUUGAAAUAGAAGAAGAUGACAAUGAAGAACAUGCAGAAACAGACCGCAAAGUCCUUGAAAUGGAAAAAGAUGAUAAGUUAGAACCUACAAUAACAAAAGACAGCAAUGUCCUUAAAGAAGAAGAAGAUAAGAAUGAAGAACCUACAAUUGAAACAGAUAGCAAAGUACUUGGAAUAGAAAAAGAUGAUAAGUUAGAACCUACAAUUGAAAAAGACAGUAAAGUACUUAAAGAAGAAGAAGAUAAGUAUGAAGAACCUACAAUUGAAACAGACAGUAAAGUACUUGAAAUAGAAAAAGAUGAUAAGUUAGAACCUACAAUUGAAAAAGACAGUAAAGUCCUUAAAGAAGAAGAAGAUGAGAAUGAAGAACCUACAAUUGAAACAGAUAGCAAAGUACUUGAAAUAGAAAAAGAUGAUAAGUUAGAACCUACAAUAACAAAAGACAGCAAUGUCCUUAAAGAAGAAGAAGAUAAGAAUGAAGAACCUACAAUUGAAACAGAUAGCAAAAUUGCAAGAUUUAAAGUAAAAGAAUCUUCCAAAAAAAUAAAUGCAAUUCAACCAGCCAUAUACUCUAUAUUGAAUAAGUUUUCCUUCUCGAAAAAGUAUCUACAUAAGAAAAGGGGGAAGAGAUGCUUCUAUGAGAGGAAGAUAGCAACCAAAGAAAAAGACAAAGAAGAAGUUUCAAAUUUUUUAGAAGAAACGGUGAAUUCAACAAUGAUGCCAGGGAAAAAAUAUAUAAGUAAAAGAACCGAAAAACAAAAGACUGUUCUCAACAAGACCAUGAAAAGAUUGCAUCAGAGUUAUAAGACUGAGAAGAAAUCAAAAAUGUCCCUUUCUCAAUUCAAAAAACUGAGACCCAAACACAUCAAAACGAGGAGCAAGGCAAGUUGGGUCCAAUGUCUUUGUGAAAAAUGCGAAAACCUCAAUUUGAAGAGAGAAGCCUUAGAGAAAAUAUGUACUGUUAAGUUUGACGAUAUCUAUAAAAUGGUUAACUUGACUUUAUGCAAUAAACCUGAUGACCAGAAAUGGCACCAUAAACGGUGUAUAGAUAGGGAAUGCGAGAAUUGUGGUACAAGCAAAAUUCAAAAGGUGCUGAUUGCACAAGCUCCAAAACAUGACACAGAUGUGCACUGGAAAGUAUGGGAGAAUGUUACUGUUAAAACAAAUUCAAAACGAAAAAUGAUUGUACAAAAGACUGGAAAAAUUCAAGAAUUGAUAUCCCAAACACUUAAAGAAUUAGAAUCCUUUUCACAGCACAUAUUUCUUGCCAAAUGGCAGUAUCAUCAAUACAACGAACUAAAAAACAACUUGAAGGAAGGAACAGUUGUUAUGACAAUGGAUUUUUCAGAAAACUACAGAUGUGAAAACCAAAGAGAAAUUCAGUCUGCACACUUUGGAUACUCUCAGUUGACUUUACAUCCAAUUAUGGUUAAUUAUAUAUGUCCUACUGAAAGCUGCAAUACAGUUUGCACAUUGUUUAUUGACAUACUAUCAGAUGAUCUAACACAUGAUCAUUUUAGUGUUGAUACAUUUUCGGAUGCAGCAAUCAAAUAUCUUGAAAAUGACCAAAAAUUGAAGAUAGAAAAAAUAAUAGAAUGUACUGAUGGAUGUACCAGCCAAUAUAAGUGCUGUAGUUCAUUUCUGAACUUAUCGCUUCGGUCUGAAAAUAUUCCUGUUACAAGAACAUAUUUUGGACCACAUCAUGGAAAAAACAGAUGUGAUGGAGAGGGCGCUGUUAUCAAGUCUAAUGCCACCAAAGCUGUACAGUCGCUGGAAACAGUUAUCCAAAAUGCAACUGAUAUGGCUGAAUACUGCAAAAAAAGGUUUGGAGAAAAAAUGCAACACGAUGGAAACCAUCAGAGUAGAAAAUUUCUGGUUAUAAAUGAGAUAAACAGAAAAACAAACAUCAAAGCAAAUACUGUUAAAGGCAGUAGACAGUUUUUUUGUGUUAAAGGGCAAAAAAAUAAGACAAUUGAAGCAAGGUCAUUGUCCUGCUUUUGUACUGCAUGCCUAAAUGCAAGUGAAAGUACAUGUGAAAAUAAAAGCUAUGUUGAACAAUUUAAGGUUAUCAAAUUAAAAACAGAGGAAACAGUUGUAAAGUUGAUAGAAGAAAAAUGUACACCAGACAGAGAAUUGAAGAGGGAAAAAGAAAAAGAAGUUUCAAAAGUUAUAGAUUUGACUUUUAAGAGACAAUCUAAAGAAAAUUGUACAGUUAACAAAAAAUUGAUGACAGAAAAAGAAGUUGUAAAAGUUAUUGAUUUGACUCCAAACAGACAAUCUAGAAAAAAUUGUACAGUAAACAAAAAAUUGAAGACAGAAAAAGAUGUAAAUGUUAUAGAUUUGACUUCUAAAAGACAAUCUAAAGAAAAUUGUGCAGUAAAGAAAAAAUUGAAGACAGAAAAAGAAAAAGAAGUUGUAAAAGUUAUAGAUUUGACUUCUAAAAGACAAUCUUCUAUCCAUAUUGAUGAUAUUAUUGAAAUUAGUCCUAAAAAGCUGAAAAGUACAUGUGCUUCAUUUGUGAGAGAAGAGUUUUUUAAAGAUGCACAGAUCAAACUUCAAAAAGCCACAACAUAUGUAAAUUUCUUGGAAAUAGUCAUUAAAAUUAACAGGGAGAUGCAGGAAUUAGAGCUUCCCAUCCAGGAUACUGUGCUUUUACAAACAUCUUUGCCAGUUGAUGAACCUUCAAAAGACCUUUUUCCAGAUGAUGUUAACCAAAACAUGUCACCUCGAGCUGUGUAUGGCGAUGGCAACUGCCUUUUUAGGGCUGUGUCCAUUUUUAUUUGGGGGAAUGAAAACCAUCACUUAGAACUUCGCAUUAGAACAACAAUUGAAAUGGCACUAAAUGAAGACUUAUAUUUAGACAACACCUUCCUACAGAGAGGAUUGCCAGAUGUCAGUAAAGCCAUGUUUCUCACCAAGCAAUAUUGUCAAUUUUUGGAAGGUUAUGUGAUGCAACAUCUAACAGAUGGUGUCAUACAGAAUCUUUACAGAGCAGAAGUCAUGAGCACAUCCAAAAAUGGUGUCUAUAGUACAAUGUGGCACAUCCAUGCAGUCUCCUCUUUGCUAGGGUCUGAGUUAAUGUCUGUAUAUCCACAAUAUGGAGGAUAUACAGUAAGACCAUUUCUGAAUCGUAUAAUCCAGCCAAGACAGUGCAAGACAUCAAGCAGAUAUUUCAUAAUGUGGACCAGCACAAGAGGGAAAAAUUGUCCUGAGGCUAGAUGGAGACCUAACCAUUUUGUACCAGUUAUUGAUGUUUCCAAUGAGGAUGAGAUGACGACUAGACAUACAGAUGAGACCACACCAGAUCAUAAAGAAGUGAAGUACAUCAGUGGCCAUACAUUUCUUAUUUCAAUAAUGUUAAUGGACAUGACAACAAGUAUUGGCGUCUUCAGGAAACCCAGCACACCUGCCUUCCUGAAGACGUCAUAAGAAAAAUCUUGGCUCCAGAUUUGGCCAUGUGUGGACGCCGAAGAUUUUUUUAUGUAUUUAAAGAUCUUUGAGAUAAAUGAACAGUGGACAUGGUGGAAUAGACGAACUUUAAAAUGUUUUUAAUUUGUUUAAAUAAAUGAUGAUUCUUGAA